CAUUUAAUGGCUUUGAAAGGCUCACCAAUCCCAUUUAAUCUCUCCUCUUCCUCUUGCAGUUGCAGCAGAGAAGAUUUAUACCACUCUGUGUGCUCAACCAUUCAGCCAAAACCAAAAAUGGCGGCAAAUAAGCCAAUCUCAGCCCUCCUCUUCGCUUUCCUCUUCACCAUCCUCAGCCUCACCUCCUCCCAUAACCUCCAUCCCGCCACCGCCGUGCUCGACGUCGCUGCCUCCCUCCGACGAACCCACCAUGUCCUCUCUUCCUCCCGAAAUCACACUGCUUCCCCUCAUCCUCCUCCUACUCCUCCUCCUUCCUUCUACCUCCACCUGCACCCCCGGGAAUCCAUUCACAAGCCCUCCCACAAAGACUACAGAGGUCUUGUGCUAUCCCGGCUCGGCCGUGAUUCGGCCCGUGUCGCCUCCCUCAAUGCCAAGCUCCAGCUCGCCCUCGAGAACCUCACCUACAGGGCCGACCUCAAGCCGGUCAAGACUGACCAGUUCCAAGUCGAGGGACUCUCGGUCCCGAUCAUGUCGGGUGCUAGCCAGGGAAGCGGGGAGUACUUCUCUCGAGUCGGGGUCGGUAGCCCGGCGAGACAGUUUUACAUGUCGCUCGACACAGGAAGUGACGUGAACUGGCUGCAAUGCCGGCCGUGCGUGGACUGUUACAAGCAGACCGACCCCAUCUUCGACCCGGCCUCAUCCUCUACGUACAGGCCUCUCUCCUGCAACUCGCAACAAUGCAGGACACUGAAAGUGUCGGGCUGUCGAAAUGGGAAUCAAUGCCUCUAUCAGGUAACGUACGGUGACAGGUCCUUCACGGUGGGCAACUUCGCCACCGAGACGGUCUUGUUUGGCAGGUCCGGGGCUGUCAAUGGCAUCGCUCUCGGCUGUGGCCAUGACAACGAGGGGCUUUUUGUGGGCUCGGCUGGACUGAUUGGGCUUGGGGGCGGUCCACUCUCUCUAACCAGUCAGAUCAAGGCCAACACGUUCUCCUAUUGCUUGGUGCACCGCGACUCAUCGGACUCAUCGACCCUGGAGAUCAACUCGGGCGGAUUUGGAGCAGACUAUGUAACAGCAGCACUGAUCAGGAACAGGAAGAUGGACACAUUCUACUACGUCGGUCUUACUGGGAUGAGCGUCGGCGGGAACCUGCUACCGAUCUCACCUUCUAUCUUCCAGAUGGACAAGUUAGGAAGGGGUGGUAUCAUCGUGGACUCGGGCACUGCCGUAACUCGGCUCCAGACCGAGGCCUAUAACACGCUCCGGGAUGUAUUCGUGCAGCUGGCCCGGGCGCAAGGCCUACAGCCCACAGGCGGUAUAUUACUGUUCGACACCUGCUAUGAUUUCAGCUCACGGUCCAGCGUGCGUGUCCCCACCGUCGCAUUUCAGUUCUCCGGCGGAAAAUCCUGGAGCCUGCCACCGGAGAACUACCUGAUACCAAUGGACUCUGCAGGGACGUUCUGCUUCGCCUUUGCUCCGACAUCAUCUUCCCUCUCGAUCAUCGGCAACAUCCAGCAGCAGGGCACACGUGUCCGCUUUGACUUGGCCAAUUCUCUCGUAGGCUUCUCUCCCCAUAAAUGUUAGAUUUAAAUUUUACCUCUUAAAUAAUUCUGUUCUUGGUGGAAAUAAUUGAAUGUAAGGAAUUGCCUGGUAGAUGGGUAGAUGCAACAAGCGGGCCCAUAUUAUUUGUGUAUGAAAUGUGAUGCGAGUACGAUCUUAAUUACCAUUUCA